AAUGGCGGACGGUAAUGAAAAAAGUGGGAGUGAUCGUUGUUAUGCUUUUUAAUUAAAUGAUUCAGACAAAUUAAAAUUGAAAGAAAACCAAAAAAUAAUUCAGGCAAAUGCCAAGUUGCAGUGAUUGAUAAAAUGCCCAAGCGUGCGCGUUAAUCGGUAAUCUUGGUGCAAGCAAAUAAAGUGCACAAAACGAAAACAAAAAAAGAGGAAAAAUUCCACAGAAUACUACGAAUGGGAAUAUAAGCAGACAAUACGCGGAAGCAGUGUAAAAUAGAAAGACAAAAAGAAAUACGAACUUUGUACGCUGCACAUCACAACAAAAUUAAAAAGAAUACCCAAAUAAAAACAAAAAAGAACAAAUAUGUCUGCGCAACGUUUAAAUGCGGCAGAAAAAGACUUGGAGAAGUUUAUUAAAUUCCUGGCACUGAAAUCCACCCAAGUUGUGGUGCAGUCGCGUCUGGGUGAAAAGGUGCAGACACAAUGCAAUCCACUUGCGGGCAACGAUUGGUUCAACAUUGUCGUCCAGGAUCAUCCCGAUGUGCUCGAUGAGACAAAGCGGGCGCUGGCCCUUAAGCCAGGCGAGAGCAUUUUGAAGCGUCUGCCGCUGUGCGUCGAGAUUUCGCUGAAGACCAGCGAAGGCGAUCAAAUGAUACUCGAAGUGUGGUCAUUGGAUCUGCUUCCAGUUGAUAACAAUAAAACAGCAGCAGCAGCUGCUGGUGGCGGAGGAGGAGGGGGAGGCGGAGGUGUGGCUGGAGAAGAUUGCAAGGAUAACGAGAGUCAAACGUUGAAAGCCUCGCACGCCAUCUACAAUCGCAUGGGCAUCAUGCUCAAGUCCCUCAUCUCCCUCACACGAACGACACCCGCUUAUAAGUUGUCGCGUCGCCAGUGUCCCGAUUCGUAUGUCAUCUUCUAUCGUAUCUAUGUGGAUCGACCGCAGGUGCACACACUGGGCGAGGGCCACAAACAUGUCAAGAUCGGUCAGCUGAACACAAUUGUGGGCUCCCUGAUCAUGUCCGUUGCUUAUCGCACCAAGUUGACCAUUUCACCAACGGCUGGCAAACAAACUGCUGCAACGGCUGCUGCUCAUCAGGCGGCGGCGGAACAACAUAAUACCAUAAUGCUCAAAUCGGAUCACUUUCGACCAGCCAGCGAUGCCAAUUCACCAACGUUUCAGCAGCAGCAAUCUACAGUUAAGUUUACUACUGGGGGAGUUGUCUCUAAUGGACAGGCGUCCGAUAAACGCUACAUUGAUAUUGAGAAGCCAUUGCGUCCGGGCGCCUUUACGGAUCUCGGCAAAUUGCGUCAGUUUACGGAACAUGAUUUUGUGCUGCCAGAGACGCCCCCAUUCGAGUGGCUGUUGCGGCGUCAGCGGAACGAGAGCAAUGGCAGUGGUUCCAUUGAGUCGCUGAAUCGGAAAUGUGAAUCGCCCGUCAACAACAACAACAACAAUUCAACUAAUUUUAAUGGCAGCAAUAAUAACAUUAACAUCAACAUUAACAACAAUUGCAACAACAACAACUCGACGGCAUUUAAGAGCUUUGAGAAGCCAGGUGUUGCCACAUCACCCAUCAAGAGUCUACUUAUCCCCGCCAGCAGUCACAAUUCGGCGCCUAUGUUGCAGGCACAGCUGCAGCAGCCGCAGCCAGCUCCGCCAGAUGAUGACAGUCUGCUGAAGGAGCUGCAUUUUCCAUUCGCUUCGCCCACAUCGCAUGUCAACGAUCUGGCCAAAUUCUAUCGGGAAUGCUACAAUGCGCCACCGCUGCGUGGCCUCAGCGAGCUGCAGGUGCCUAAUGUGGCUAGUUGUGGAGCAGCUGCCUCGGCAGCAGCAGCUUCAGCGUCGGCAACAGCAGCUGCUGCCGCUGCCUUGGCGAGCAGUGCAGCAGCUGCAUCGGCUGGUGGCGGUGGUGGCAGCAUGGAUGAUUUGUCGCGACAGCUGGAACAGUUUGAGACAUCGCUCGAGGAUUACGAUAAGCUCGUCUCACAAUUCGGUCUCAGUGGCUCCUCGUCGACGGGCAGUCGGAGCAGCGGUGGCCUCCAGAUGAGCAACUGAAAACACAAAAAAUACGCCCAACUUUCUGAACUAAAGUGGAUUUAAGUUACUAUGAUAUUACUAUUACUAUUAUUAUUAAUAUUCUCAUCUGUCUGUAGGUUUGCAUUGCAUUUCAGAAAUAUGUAGGUAUUUAGUUAUCAAGUAUCACGUUUCACGUUUUCAGUGCAACAGUUAAGAUUGGUUGUUUAUUCCCCUCUUUGUUAAUGUGCCUUCGGUUUGCUUUCGUAUCAAUUCGCAUACGUAUACAAAAAAAUAUGUCCAGGGUCACUCGCUAAUUAAAACUUAUUGAUUUCGUCUGAAAAUUGGGAUUUUAUUUGUAAUUGAUAAUGAGUAUAUAUGCAAUUUUAUAAUGUCCAUGGGUCAAUUUCAAUCCAAUGAAAAUCCACACAUACGAGUGAUCACUGUACAAGCACACAUACACACAUAUGUACAUAAAACACGUGCUUACACUUUUUUUUAUGAGCUCAUUUUGCAGCCGUUAUAGUAAAAAUCUAAAUGGAAUAUUGAACUAAUUGUAAGAGUUAGUUUUAAGUUAAUGAUUAAGAAGCAACAGUUGCCUUUGUUUCAAAAUUAUACGAAAGUGUUUUGUAAUUUGUUGAGAGAUAGAUAAAACCGACUAUAAGUAUAAUUAACAAAAUAUAUAAAUAUAUGUAUGUCUGUGUCAAACGAAAGACUUAAUUAGUUUAACAAAAUAUCGUACGGUUAAUAUAUAUAUAUAUAUAUAUGUGUGUGUAAAUAGCGAGGGAGAGAGAACAAAGAAAGCAGCUGCAAAAUUGUAAAAUAUUCUACAUAUAUCUUCUAUUCUAUAAAAUUGUAUUUGUCGCGCUUCGUUAUUUAUUGGUUCCAAAAACUGCAAUGUUUUGCAUCUUAAUCAAAUUUAAACAAAUAGUAUAUACUUAAUCAUCAUAAUCGGUAAAUACUAUUAAGCCAAAUGCAUAAAGGAAUAAUGUAAAAUUAUAUUAAAUUGUUAA